AUGGUCGGUCACGGCGCCUCGGGGAUGCUUGGUGAAGAUGGUAUUCAUGUUGAUAUGAACCACCUGAAGAGCGGCGAGGUCAAUAUGGCUAUCAACUUCAAAGAUGGUGUUAUAUUAGGUGCCGACAGCCGAACAACGACGGGCGCUUACAUUGCCAAUCGAGUCACGGACAAAUUGACGCAGGUUCAUGAUACGAUCUGGUGCUGUCGAUCGGGAUCUGCUGCAGACACGCAAGCCGUGGCGGACAUUGUCUCCUAUCACCUCAACAUGUAUUCGAUUACCAACAAUGAGGCCCCUAGCACCCAGGUUGCCGCGUCGCUGUUUCAGGAGCUGUGCUAUGAGAACAAGGAUAUGCUGAGUGCUGGCAUCAUCAUCGCCGGAUAUGAUCCCCGACAUGGCGGUCAGGUAUAUUCGAUACCGCUGGGCGGAUCCCUACACAAGCAGCCUUAUUCCAUUGGUGGAUCUGGUUCGACCUACAUUUACGGCUACUGUGAUGCGAACUGGAAAGAGAAUAUGACAGAAGAGGAGGGCAUUAACUUUGUUCGGGGAGCAUUGCGAGAGGCUAUCAAAUGGGACGGAAGCUCGGGAGGUGUGAUUCGACUGGUAGUAUUGACGGCUAAAGGAGCUCAAAGACAUCUCUACCUACCCGACACGGACUACACCGGGCCAGGUUUCACCAACUGA